GGUAUGAGCUUGACGAAGUUUUCACCGCGAACCCCGCGUAUAUCUCUCGUAUUUUCAGACCUGUGCGAAUGGUAUACCCUGUAUGUUGACUCCUCCUGCAAUCAAAAGGAGGGCUGCAAAAAUCUGCAGGACCCUGAAGGGAGAGCAAAGAGAGCGAAAACUGGUCCCCGCUGUUUGACGAUAAGCCCGGAGGCGGCGACCGUUGCUAAGGGGAGGGAAAAGCGUCACGUGACAGAUUUCAAAUGAAAGAAAUGGCCAAGGCCGGGAGCCGCGGAGUGGAGAGAUGGCGUUUUCCCCCUGGAGGGCAGCCGGCAACCGAAGGCGAGCCGACAGGACUGUUAGAAAAAAUGUCGUUCCAGGAACACACAGAAACAUCCUCAGUAUUCUUUAAGAAUGGAGUCAGGGAACGGAUGAAAGAAAAGAAAAAUGGAGUAUUAAAAACAGCAAAGAUGAAUGCUUCCCUCGCAUCAAAGAUUAGAACAAGAGCAAUUAAUAAUUCCUCUAUAAUUAAGGUCUCCCUGAAACAGAACAACAAAGCGUUGGCUCUGGCUCUCAAUGCUGCCAAGAUAACAGCUCAGAAACUUACAGAUGACAAGAUGCUGCUGCAGAAAGAAGUGGAGUUGGGUCACUUUGAAAAUGCUUGCUUACGCCAAAAACUCUCCUCUGUGAAAAAAUAUAUUGAUGAACUGCAACUCUUUAUGAACAGCCGUUUUCAAACUGCAAUCAAGCUGACCAGAUUUUCUGAGAGUGAUUCCUAUUCUUCAUUGCUGGAUGAAAGAGGGCACAGUGAUACUCAUGAUAUUUCUCGCAGUCAGGAUGAUAACAACUGUCCUAGAGUGGCACCAAAAUCAAUGAGAAUUCCACUGUCUCAGGUGGAUGAUGAAGGAAGUGGCAAUGGCAGAAAUACACCCACCAGUUUGGAGAAAUUUCCUUUAGAUCCAUUGAAAUCUGCUUUUGAUGAGACUUGGAGAAGUAUGCCUUUCCCUGAGGUAAAGAAGUCGUUCUCUUCUUUCACUGACAAAUUAUCGGCAAGCAGUGGAAAUAGUGAUUCAAGGUUACAUGGAGUGGAUGUCUCUACUUUGGCAUUUAAUUCAAACACAAUUUUUGGAGACAACCUUUGGAAUGUGCCACAGAAUUCCAGGAGUUGCUCACUAUCUAUCCUGGAUAACAAUUAUCCUGUCCAGCAAUGUGAGGAUACUACAAGACCACACAGUGAUAGUAUAUUGAGUGAACAUGUGACUAAGAGAAAAAAACGUAAAACAGGUUUUCCUGCUACAUUUGGAAACAACUUAGAGGCAGAAGUCUCAGACAUUGAUAAGCUGCAGGUGACAAAGGAAACAGAGUCUCUUGUUAAAGAGAAUCUUGAAAUCAGUCAUGUUGGUGAACUUAUUACAUUGAGCACCAAAAGAGAAAGCUGUAUAAAGAUCAAUGCCAAGGAAACAAAAACUCUAGAAAAUGAUAAUGCUGAAACAAAGAACACAAUGUUUUCUACCAGUCAAUCAAAAUUAAACUUGAAUAAUGGUAAUAACCGAAGACCGGAUAUUAAUGUUACAGUGUCAAAAACCAGUGAACUGAACAGUAGUAAGAUAAAACCUCCUAUGUCUGCCUGUCAUGUGGAAAAUUCAGAUCAUGAUAGGAAGGAGAAACGUAGUUCCCAACAUUUAGGCCAAACAACACGAAACAGAAAAACCUUUGUGAUAGAGCCAAAUCGUGUAAAUAAUUACACAACUCAAGAAAUUGAAAAAGGAAUAUUCUUGGAAAAAAUGAAGAAUUUGGAAAAUCAAUCCCAAUGUCCAGAGUCUAGAUCAUUAAGCAAUGAAAUUCAACAAAAUGAGAAAAGCUGUAGUUAUAGUACAAAAUGCCUUAAUAAAACCAAAAAUUAUAGAAGAACCAUUGUGCUAGAUCCAGGGCCUUCCAAUGAUAGGAACAGUUGUACUUCUUUUCAACAUGAUAUUAAAAAAAAGACAGACUUGGAAAACUUAGAUAGUUUAGGAAGAUGGGUCCAGAGUCCAGAAUCUAAUUCAUUAAACAUUGUGAAUACAGAAGAUUCAGUUGGUUUCCAGAAGCAAGUUCCUAAUCAAGAAGCAAUUUCAGGACUGAAUGUAAAGCGUAAAUCAAAGAGGAAGGUGCAUGAAAAUAAUGGAUCCCAUAGAUUAAGUGAGAUGGAAGAACAGAGUUUAGAUAAUAUAGAUUAUGAACUUCCACAAUCAGAAAUUAAAAAGAAAAAGCAUAGAGAUAAAACAAUGAAUUUCGAUAGGGAUAUCAUACAGAAAGGACAUUCCAAAGCCAAUGCUGAUGUGUUUGAUUUGAAUGAGAAAGCUCAAAAAGUCAGUAGAAAAAAGAAAAAAUCAAAAUGUACGCCAUCUGUACUUUCAGUUUCUUUGGGUGAUGAGGAUAACUUUUUUGAAGGAAGUAAUAGCUCAGUCAAAAAGAACUGGGAAACCUCAACCACCCCAAACAGUUGUUCUUUAACUAAAAAAAGUAGCCAUUUAGAGAAGGCAAACUGGAUGACCAUCAGCAAUGAGGCUGGCUUAAAAAAAAAAAUGCCAACAUUUGGCAAGAAAACAGGCAUUGUAAAUGAUUUGGGUAACAACGGUACUGAUUCUGAACCAUUCCUUCAAGGUCCAGAGGAUUGUGAAAUCACUCAAACCAAGCAGACAAAAUGGAGUUUUCUCCAAGUUGCAGACUGCAGCGCUUUGCAAAAGCCAAUUGUGGAUAUUACCAAGACCUUGUCUCUAAAUCCCGAUUCUCCUUCAGUUGGCCUUUCUAAAAGCUCUAGGUAUGUUGAAGUCCAAAAAAGCCCAGAAAGAGAUUGUGCUUUGUCAAUAAUCUCAGCUGUCUUCAAGGAAAAUAUUAAGCAACUUGAGAUUUCUGGAAGAGAAGAGAAGCAGCCCAUACAAGCCAUUGCAAAAACAAGUGCAGAAAAUGCAGUCCUACAAGAAAAUGGGAACAAAGUACUGAAAAAUUUGACCAAUUCCAUCCCUCUUGAAACUACAAUAUAUCCAAGCCGACGAAGAAAAAAGGAUAUUUCCUAUGUAGAGCCUAGCCUGAAUAGAAAAUUGAGGCGUGGUGACCCCUUUACAAUUACUGACUUCCUCAGUUCCCCUAUCUACAAAACAAAAAAGAAGAAAUUGACAAAAGGAACUGAAACGUCCAGGACACCCAAGAACAUUAAAAAGGAAAUUCAGCCUAGAUUUAGUGAUUAGUAUUUAGACAAAGAGCAACACAAUUGUUUCCUAAAUAAUGAGUUUUUUUCUUAAUUUACCUAGUUUUAGCUACUUAAUUUUAAAAAUAAAAUUCUUUUUUACAAAUAUUUGUUUCUCAAACUAGGUCUGUUGAAUUACAUCAGAUUUAUUAAGAUGCAUUGGAAGACCUAUAUGUAAGCUUGGUAAAAUGUCAAAAUAACUAGAACACCCAAAAUCAGGUAUUCUAUCUUCUUACAUGUCUUCUGUAUUAUGAUCAUUAUGCUUAUUAUUUACUGCAACAAAAAUGUGCCUUUCAAUUUUUAUACAAUAGCAGGGGAAUAGAGUAAUCCAAGUACUGUACAGGAAAACAAGACAAAGUCAAGACAUUUAUUUUGGUUGGAAAGCAGAUUUCAUGUAAUCACAACUUUACUGAUUUUGGCCUAAGACAUAAAAUAAUAAAAAAAAUCCUUCAUUAAAUAAAUGUUCAUAUAGAAAACAGUGUAAGAAAAAAAUAGAAAAAAUACUUUAUGGAGAAGAGUUAUUUUGUUGUGUAACAGAUUAAUGUAUUCAGAGAGUUUGGAAUAAUGUUUCAGUAAUUGGUAUAAAAUUGUUCACUUAAAUGGGUAGAAUUGUAAAUGGUAUUUUAAUAUUCAAAUGAAUCUUAUCUUAGUUCUCAAAGAAAGGAUAUUAUAGUUUAGAUUCCACUGUAUUUUAAAACCUUGAAUAUAUAAUCAGCACAGCUUUAUUUUUGGGGGGGAAGUAACUAUCUUUUUUUUUAACAGAAAUAUUGCAUGAGGAGAAAGUAGUAACAGAGUUUUCCCAGUGAGGAGGAUGUUAAAAUGUGUCCUACUUCAAAUCUAGAUCUACUUCUUCAGAAUUUGUUGUGGGGACAGGCAAACACAAUUGUACCACAUUUUUCAAGAUGUUAAAAAUAAGUUAAUGUGAUUUUUCCAUCAAUGAAUAGGUCAUGAAAUGGUAGAUACACUUCAAGGUAAGUAUAAACUCAGUGAAGGCUUAAAAGCUACACUUUUUGCAAAGGCUUAUUCCUAUGUAUUACUUUCAAUUUCCUAAUUUUUUUUUAAAUUAAAUGGGCAUCUGGUGUGUCACAGAGUAUUUGAGUAACACUCUUCCCUCCUCCACAAUCAUUUAACAUUGUACUCUUCUUUGAAAAUAGUUCCAAAGAAUUCAAAAUAGAAUAGUUAAUUUUGAAUUCUUGUAUGCAAACUUUUUAUCUGGUUUACCUAAUCCUUUUAUAUUUCUCAUGUGCUAUGUACAACAUGAUAAAUUUUCUGGAUAAAAUGAAACAAAUCCAA